AUGGCAGCACUUGCCUUUGCAUUUCUCUUCUCGGCAUCGGUGGGUUCAAUGGAAGCCUGUUAAGCUUUUCCUUCCUUUAAUAUUAACAAAGUUGCAGUUAUGAAAUUUGCGUGACAAAACCAAAAACUUCAAUAGAGUUUUGAACGUGAGAAAUAUUAGAAUAAAAUUUUGAGAAAUCUACUUUGAACUUUGCGCGAGUGAUUAGAUAAAAAUUUUAACGAUAAGAAUAUAGUGGCUAACGGCACGCAGCAAGUGUAUGAUAACCGAAAAAUAAAAACAAACAUCCUAUAGAUCUAACCAGCCUCGCAAAAAAAAACUUUGGCAAUCAAUCAAACCAUCCGUUUAGUGCAUGUAAGACAAAAAGCCAGACCGCAAUAAGACAACAAAAAAGCCACAGACUUCUGAGCAUUUAAGGGCGACAGAAUGUGGACAUUUUUUUUGGGAAUUUUCGUCCACAAAAUCGGAGGAAUUCUCUGGGUUGCAGUGCAGCAAUGCUUCGAUUCGGUUAUCAAACUCGUAGCGAUGCCUUACAUCGGAAGGGUGCUUGACCGUGUUAACAGAUUUAAAGGUACCCUUGUAAAAAUGAAUCAGAUGUAAACUGAACUACAGCCCUCAAAUAUACUUUGAUCGUCAACAACGUCGCAGUCGCGGUAUCUUCAGCUGCUUUCGGUAUCGGCUUCGGGUCUAUAGACGAUGAAAAAAAAACUGUAGGAGUUAUUGCAGUGGUAAGACCUCUGAGGUGGAAAACAUAUACAUAACUUCACCAGCCCGCUCUGAUUUUCGCUGUCCUUUUCUCAUCGGUUUCACGACUUGCAUCCGAAACUCAACGAACGGCCUUCACUAAAGAUUGGGUGGUAGUUAUAGAUGAUACUGAACGCAGCCCAAACCAAAGAACAACAACAUCUCUUUCUGGUGAGUGCCGAUUCAAAUUUUAAACUUAAUGAGAGUAAUAGGAAAAAACUCGGCGAUGACUAUGAUCGACCAAGGAUCGUCGUUGUUAAUCCCGCUCAUCAGUGGCUACUUCUUUGAAAACGUUAACACGUUAGGGAAUGAGAAAGGGUGUAAAAGAAAGAAAAAUUCUUGAGGACGUAUCUAUGCUUUGCAAUUGUCCUCUACAAUUUUACUUCGUGGUACAUUGAAUGGAAAUUGCUUCUUAGAGUGUAUAAGAUGACGCCCGCUUUGGCGCUGCGAGAAGGUUUGCUCGAAAAAAGAAAAGCAAGAGCUCAUGAGGUUGAUCCUAUAGGAACUACCGAGGUAGUCCGAGGGGAACGUACAAAGACCAGUUGGACUUUAUCCUUAAAGCUCUACUUUCGGCAAAAUUGUUGGCUGGCUGCUUUCGGUUUGGCUCUUCUUUACAUGACCGUUCUUGGAUUCGAUAAUGUGAGUGAAUUAAUUUUCUCUAAAAGAGUUUUCGCGCAGCUGGCCAUGUCUUAUGGACAAAGCCAUGGAAUGUCAGCAACUACAGUCGGGAUUUUCCGCUCUGCCGGUUCCGGCAUGGGUUUAAUGGGCGCCGCAGCGUACCCACAUUUAGUCACAAUCUUCGGCGUUGAGUGGGCAGCUUUGAUAGGACUCAUCGUGAGUUUCGCAAGAAACGAAAUAAAGAUAAUGACGACAGUGGCAAAACGUGUUCAUCGAGAUGAGUGGAGCGUCCACUCUCAUGCCAGGAAGUCCCAUGAAUGUGACCGGCUACGUAGAUACGUGGACUGUAGAAGUAAUGAGAGAUAAAAAAAAAAGAUUUAAUAACAACGAGAUUCAGAAAUGGAGAUCUGACAUAUGGGGCAAACUAAAAAAUCCUGGGAACAAUGACGUUCCACCGGUAGGCAUUUUUUCUUUACCUUCCGACAUAGUCGUUUUCUUCCUCGGCAUAACACUUGCGAGAUUCGGUAAGAGUUGUGUUGUUAACUACCGUUACCCUAUAAUUUAAGGGUUGUGGAUAGCCGACCCAGCCAUCACUGAAAUAAUGCAGAGAACAAUACCGGAAACCGAAAGGUACACAGUUUUCCUGGUGCAAUCUUCCUUAUGUGAAGCUUUCUCCGUAUUUAAAGAUGUCCUGGUAUGUUCGAAACGAAAAUAAAUAAAAUCUAAACUUUUUGAGGUGUUUUUUUUCGCUGAAACCGAGCUUUUCGGUGCUUUAUCCAUCUUAUCAUGUGCUUUCGUCUUCUCCGGUCUCUGCUUCUACUUUUCCUAUUUCCUACAGGUAUUUUUUAAUCUUAUUCUCUUUCCAUUAGGAUAUAUGGAGCUUUUAAAAAGCUACUAUUUUAUUUCAGAACGCUAGCUGUAGAAAUAGAAGAGCCGAGGCAGAAGAGACAGAGCUAAGAUCGAAUGAUGGACAAAACCAAGAAGAGCAGCAAAGAUUGGUGGAAAUUCCGCUUACGGAGAUAAAUGAGACCGAAGCUCAUCUCGCGUAG